GACGUAACUACGGGCAACUGAGGAAUUGUUGGGUUAUGGCGGAAGUAGCGCUGCUGCUGCCCGUGAUGGCGGAAGUGCUGGAGGAGAAGAUGAAGCCAGACCCUGAGCGAAACCGAUUCCCUCAUUGUGUUGUGUGGACUCCUAUUCCCGUACUAACAUGGCUGUUUCCAUUCAUUGGUCACAUGGGGAUUUGCACAUCAUCUGGUGUGAUAAGAGAUUUCGCUGGACCAUAUUUUGUAUCUGAGGACUGCAUGGCUUUUGGAAAGCCUGUGAAGUACUGGCAACUAGAUCCCAAUCUAGUCUACACCACUGGGUCCAAUCCUUGGGAUACAGCCGUCCAUGAAGCAUCAGAGGAAUAUAAACACCGUAUGCAUAACUUGUGUUGUGACAACUGUCACUCCCAUGUGGCUAUGGCAUUGAAUCUAAUGAAAUAUAAUAACAGUUCCUGGAACAUGGUAAAACUGUGUAUUCUUUGCCUAGUGCACAGCAGAUAUGUCAGUUUUGGAGGCUUUUUGAAAACAUGGCUCCCAUUUGUAUUACUGGUUGGGGCCAUUCUGACAAUCAUUCUCACAUUACACUUGCGGUGAGAUUUUUGCUACCUGAACUAAAUUCUGCAAUCAACAUCUGGAUGGCGAGAAAGGGAUAGUACCCUUAAAUGCUUGAGUUCCCUAUAAAUGCACACUUUCUGAGAAGUUUGCAUGCCCCUUCCCUAUUGUAAAAACCAUUGAAGGAUCAUGGGAACUAUGUUAUUACCUCCUCUUUUUGUUUGUGUUGAUAGCAAUAAUUAACAGUUAAAGCUUUUCACAGUGAACAGAAAAUCAAAACAUAUUCCUUAUUCGUACCUUUAUAGACCUCUCUAAUGGUCUAUCAACGUCACAAUCCUGCACAUAUAAGCACAGCACAGGACCAUAUGCAGAAGGGGGUUGCAACCUGAGAAAAAUGGGGGAAUGGGAUUCAUUUGGGAUAUGUAAAUAAAAUGUAAGUGUAAUAUGUGCCAUUCUCUUUGUGUUAUAAAACUUUGAAAGUCUUUGUGUAUAUCAAUAUAUUUGUGUUUAUAAAUUUAUGUAUAUUUA